AUGCCGCCCAAGAGACAGGGAGUCAGUUUAGAAGAGAAGAAAUCGAGAAUUCUAGCAUUUCUACAAAAUGAGUACUCUUUCUACAACAUGAAGGAGCUCGAGAAGAUGAUUCCGAAGAAAUGUGCUGGAGUUUCACCCAUGCUUGUGAAAGAAUUGGUGCAACAGAUGAUCGAUGAGGACGGAUUGAUCUGUGUAGAGAAAUGUGGUAAUAUCAACGUUUACUGGUGUUUCAAGAAUCAGAUUACGCAGAAAGUUUACGAUAGUUGCCAGCGGUUACAAGCAAAGAAAGAAGCCAAGGAGGCGGAGACCAUUGAGCUGAAGGCUAAACUGAAACUUACAAGUGAGACAGACAGGUGUGAGCGGUAUGAAUCCCCUGACGGAAUAAAGUCUCGUAAUGAACAACUGCAACGUAACCGCGAGAUCGAGGAAGAAAUCAAAGCAUUGCAAUUGGAAUAUAACAAGCUAUCUCAGACCCGAUGGGAUAAGGAGAAGAUCGCGGCAAAGAGGUCGAUGCUGAUACGCGACUUACAAAAAUUAGAGACCAUGACAGACAACAUUGAUAUCAUGGUAGAUUUCUUUCGCAACAAGUACGGUGUUGACCCCAAAUCGAUCCGCCAAGAGAUGGAAAUCCCAGAUGAUUUCCCCACUAUCAACCUUUAA